AAUUUUAAAUCGCUUUGAAUGCUUGAAAUUUGGUGCUUAAAAAGAAACCUAAUGUAAAGUGCAUAGUAAGUGAAAUUUCUGGAAGCGAUACUGAUGACGACUUUAUGGAGAACGUCUAAGGGUCCCUUGGUUUACCCAAAUACCACGCUGCCUUACAAAGGAAACCAUGCAAUAUCCUAGACUUAGUGUAUAGUGUAAGACAAGAGCUAAUACUAGAUGUAAGUCGCAAGUGCUUUGGAUAACCCUAGAUGCAAACACACACUCAGGAGCUUGGGAUGAUACCGCCCUUAUACCAUACCAUAUACUAUACACACAUGCGUCCACACACCACAGAGCUACUGACCUCCGCGGACAUCGAAGAUGGUAAGGUGGAGUUCGACAAGGCCACGGGAGCCAGCACCACGUACAAGUUGAUCGAGGGUGGCUACGAGGUGAUCACCACCUCCCCCCAGCCCAAUGGAACCGUCAAGACCCAGGUGCGAACCUUCUGGGACCCCAAGCCCGUUAGCGAGGAGGAUCUGAAGAAGGAGCAGCAGAACAAGAAGUUGGUCCAGAAGCGCCUGGGCAAGGAGAUCCGCAUCGAUGAGCGCACCACCAUGCUGACCCGCGCCAUCGAGGGUGGCUACGAGGAGGUGUACACCACCAUCAACGAGGAUGGAACUCGCAGCACUCGCACCAAGACCUUCUACGACUCCGUUCCUACGGAGGUGGAUGAGAACACGGCCGCCAAGCUGAACAAGAACAAGCAAAAAGUGACCAGGAAGUCGUCGGUGGACUCCACCGAUUCCACGGAAUCCUCCCGUCGCAUCGUCCAGAAGCAGCAGAAGAACGUCGUGCAGAACUAUGGUGAGCAGACCAACUCCACCACCACAUCGGAGCGCAGGGUGUCGGUGACACAGAACAUCGAGAUCACCGAGAACAAUCGCACCGUGCGCAAGAACUCGCUGCAGGAGCAGAACGUCAAGGCCAUCACUUCCACCUCGAACACCUCGACCAGCGACAAGAAGCAGAAGAAGAAGCCGAAGUCUUCGGCCCCACCACCACCCGCCGACUUCUUCCAGAACGAUACCACCUCUGUGGCCUCCAAGCGUGUGCCCGGCGGAGUGGAGUACACCUAUUCCACGCAGCUGGAUUCCGGCAAGACCAUCACCACCUCGAAGACUGUCUACGAGGAGGAGGAGGUGGAGCUGACCGAGGAGGAGAUCCGCCAGUACAAGAAGACCCUGAAGGAUGCCGAGAAGCACAAGAACGUGUCCACCACCAAGAAGCUGAAGUCCGAGUCGGGCACCAAGAAGAUUGUUCCGUCCGAAAAUCCCGGAGAUGUGACCACCGUGGAGACCAUCAAGAUCGAAGGUGGCACCGAGUACCACUACACCACCGUGACAUCCGAGGGCAUCGUGAAGAAGGCCGUGAAAACUGUCUACGAUCCAGUGCCCAGCCAGAAGUCCAAUCCCGAUGACACCGACGAGGAGGAGAUCAUCGAGGAGUACGAGGAGGAGAUCAUCGAGCCCGGCGAGAAGAAUGUGAAGACUAUCGAGACCAUCAAGCAGUUGCCCAGCAAGUUCGAGGAGGAAGUGACCAUCACCCAUGAGAGGAAGGAGAAGAAGGUAAAGAAGUCCAUGGUCAUAAGCCAGUAGAGAUCGCCGCUUGCCCACACCGAAACACACUCAAACACACACGACACUCACACAACACAAGGCACAACAAAUCACACACAAAAACAAGCUUAUGAAAUGGCCAGAAGACAGAAGAAAGGCCCUGCGAAGAUCCCAAGCUAAUUCUCCUGACCUAUUUCAGCAUCCAGUUCAGUUAGUUGCGGGCGGUCUUUGCACGCUACUCGUUAGCUUUGUUAUCAAUUACCAGCUGUCUAGUGCCCUAGAAAUGUAUUACGAAAUUAUCCAAAAUUUAUUACAAGAAACUAUCUAACAUAAUUGUAGCCUCUUUUGUUAACAAAAAUAAAACUCAAGUUUUGGUUCUAAUUC